AUGUUGUUCGCAGUCAUCCUCCUCCUUCUCUCCACCGUUUCGGCGGAUCAAUUCUGGCUCACCACCGUCGUGUCCGACUUCAAAGUUCGUGACCAGUGUGCCGUGUUCUGGAACGAGACACACGCGUGCCCAUCGCCUCUUCUUCGCAUUUCCACUGACAUUAACCAGCCGACCCAGUUCGUUUCCCGUGCUUGGCCAAUGAAAGAUGUGCUCGCAUCGGUAAGUUCUCUCUUUUUUUCCCCCAAUCCCACUUCUAAUCGUGUUCACUUUCAGACUGAAAAGCCCUCGUUCAUCAGUCAAUGGCACGGUUCCCUCGAGUCGGUCCGAGUAACCGCCCAGAUCGAAGGCAGUUCCCCGGUGAAUCCAUUCGGUCUCGUUGCCAAGUGCGAUCAAGGAUUCCAUCCGAGCAUUGUCUUCAAUCAGUCUUCCGUCAAUGUCAUGGAGACCCUCUCCGUCCGCAUUAUCGUCAUCGAAUCCCAGUGUUUCACUGCCAAAGUGCUCGUCAAAGUGGACAAGAAAUGCCCGUACUGUCCUCCCCCGACCACCACUGCUGCUCCAAUUGUAAGUUACUCCUCUCGCUCUCCCCCAUUUCAAUGCGUUCAUUUCCAGACCGUCUCCUUGGCCCUCCCAACCCAGCAGAAUCUGCUCAUCGCCUGCAGUGUCUUCCUCUUCCUCUCCUGCUUCUUCCUCGUCACCUUCUGCUGCGUUCUCCAUCGCUAUCUCAAACUCCGACGUGGAGUCAGAGUGUGCCCGUCUCUCGAGUCCGGAAUUUCCGCCAUUGCUCCCCUCUACCAGUCCACGUUCGACGAGAAGCAAGAAAUCAUCGAGAACGACCGGGCCCUCUACCCAAUUUCGCCUUCGUUCUUCGACUUCGACUUUGACGAUGUGGAUCUCAGCGAGGACAUCCUGCUGCCGCCGCUGCCGUCCGCUUACAGCAACUUCUGUUCUGACGAGACCAUCAUGAGCAUUUCCCGCCAGGUCUAUGUUUAA